AUGUUGAAAGAGCUUCAAAAAAGUAAUACAGAAAGCACUGAUAAUGGUAAAAACACGAAACGAAAGACAGAAUUACAUGAUUCGGAGGUAGAGAUUUAUGAAGAGAUUAUUUCAUUGGUUGACGAUCCUGAUACAGCUGGUGCGAAUAAUGAUUGUAACAUUUUAUCGUGUAUUAAAGAUAAAAAUUCUCAUCAAGCCAAGUCAAAUGAAUUGUCGACAGCGGGCACUUCACCAGCAGACGGUAAAUUUUCUCCUACGCAUCAUUCUUCUCCUAAAACUAAAUCGAAUCCAGAGAAAGGAAAAAUGAAAGAAUUGGGACUUCCAGGAUCUGGGGUAUUUAUACCUGAAGCACAAUUUAAUGUAGCCGAAAGGGCCCAAUCUGCGACCGCCAUGGCUACUUCUCUUUUGAUGUCGGUUUUCCCUCGAAGUGUCAUUGCUAACAGCAACUUGAGAGGUGGAAAACCUAAGACAAAGAAUUCUACUGUCCAGCAUAGCGCUCUUGAUUCUGACAAACUAACGGCAAUACAUGACGCUGUAGAAAAACGUUUUAAGCGUAGGUACAAUAAGAGUGAAGUAAACCGUGCGAUAAACGUUAAGUGUAGUAGAGUCAGAAGUGAGAAGAAAGAAGCAAAGGUUCAAGAAGGAGCUAAAAAACCAAACUUAUUACUAUUAAAUUUUUAUAUUUUCUCACCUUUUGUUUUUUUUCCUCAUUAUGAUCUGCUUCAUUGA